ACACACAGUACACAAUCCACACUGCUAGCUUCCACAGCGCUGCGCAAGAACGUCACUUUUGAAAAGGUAGCAUAGUUCGCUUUUUAACGCUUUACCAAUUGUGCUUUGUCCGCAACUUCUUCAUCGGCCUACGCGAAAUGUGACAGAGUGAUGUGACAACAGUUUUACUUAAAAAAAAAAUCGCCAGUGGUUCGAAGUUUUCCCCAAAACCAACCCCGAGGAUUAUCUGCUAGACCGGAAUGAACAAUGGACACCAAGAAAAACAUAUCUCGUAACAACAGCAUCUGUCCCACACCAGAAGAGCUCCUGCUAGACGCCGUCAAAACCAACAAAGUCCAAAAAAUCAAGGAGCUGGUCAAAGAAAACGAAAGUCUACUCUCAGUCGAAUACCCCUACCCUCAUUUUGGAAAAAUCUUGUACGUAGCAUGUUCCGAAGAAGGUAUAUAUCCAGAAACAGUCCAACUCCUCCUACAACUAGGCGCGAAACCUUUCGAUGACACAGAAGGCCAAGGAGAAAUCAUCCACGUGGUGUGUAGACUCACCAACUCAGCAGUUCUUAAGAUACUCGUCAAAUACUUGACCAGAGAAGAGAUAAAUCACACUUAUCGAGGCAAUAACGCUUUGUUACUACUAGUUAAAGAGGGAGAAUACACCAACAGGACUGAAUUUCUGGAAUGUGCAAGAAUUCUUGUUAAAUCCGGCAUCAACGUCAACCACGCUGACCUGAAGAACUUCACUGCAAUCCUAUGGGCCAUCAAGAAGGACUACAGGGAUUUAAUUGAGGUGCUUCUGAAUAACAGCUUCGAUUUGGACAUCGACAACUACACAAUGAAUGGUAAAAGUGCCAGAGAGCUGAUAUUAUCUAAAUACCCCAGUGAUCUAGUGUUACCAGACAAUUUCACCACCAUUGCCAGCCCCAAAGACCUCCUCUUCAAAUACUUGAAGUCCUAUAAUGAAGACGCUUUUAUCAGUUACAACCAAGGUGAUAUUUCCCAGUACAAAGAUGCAGACGACUACACCCAAACCCUUCUUCAGUUGAGCUGCCAACUUGGACUGUUGAAAGCCACAAGACACCUCUUAGAAAACAAGGCAGACGUCCGUAGAACCACGCAGAAACAGCCUAGUCCCCCCUUGGAAUUAGCUGGUGAACAUGGUCACUUCGAAAUAGUAGAACUCCUCCUAGACAACGACAAAAGCUUGAAGGUCCCAAGCUCAACGCUAUCGAUCCUGUUGAACAAGAUGAACCUCAGUGAAUCUGGCGGAAAAUACGAGAAGUGCUUCGAGGAACUUAUGAAAAACCAGGAUGAGGCAUCUCUGAAUUCUGGAUCAAGCAAGAAUUUCCAGCAGACCCCUCUGCAUUACGCUGUGAAGUUCGCCAAGACCAAGCACAUCUUAGAACUUCUUCACAAAGGCUCUUCCCUUGCUAACAAGAACGAGUUUGGAGUGAUGGCCAUCGAGAACAUAGAAGCUGACGUGCUGGAACAACAUUUAGACGACUGCGUGGAUAUUAACGAUAUCGACAAAAACAACAUUUACGUCACUUUGAAGUACAAGACUUUGCUGCCGUCUCCUUCAAGACUGAACACAACUGUGGAAGGCUGCGAGGAAGGAAAACCUGCAUAUACCCAAAAUCUAGCCCCUGAAACCGACGCCGUAUUGUACAUGUGCCAGGCACCCUACCUGAAGCACCUUUUAACCCACCCUGUGAUAGAUACAUUCCUGCUGUUGAAGUGGCACAAGAUCAACAUGAUCUUCUACACUAAUUUAUUCUUUUACUUUCUAUUCAUCACAUCGCUUGUUACUUAUAUAUUUUCUGCAUUUGGAAACUUUCACUAUAUUUCGCAGAACGAAUCUUCCUUGGCCACUCUGGCGAAUGUCAGCCAUUUCAUCCUUUGUGUUACCUACGUGUUGCUUGUGUUAAGGGAAUUGUUUCAAAUACUAGUCAACCCGAUGGAUUAUUACAAAGAUAUCGACAACUGGAUCGAGGUGAUUUUAAUUUUCAUCGUCGGUUUCAUGGUCUUCUUGAAGGACCCUACCAAUGACACCAGAAAACAGCUUUCGUCCCUGGCCAUCUUACUAUCCACUUUCGAGUUGAUCCUAAUGGUUGGACAAUACCCUAGGCUCACAACCAACGUGGUGAUGUUCAAGAGGGUCUCAACAAACUUCAUAAAAUUCCUCGCCUGGUAUUUCUUGCUGAUCGCUGCUUUUGCCAUGAGUUUCUUCAUACUUUUCAGUGAGAGCGUCGAGGAAAAACAAGAAGGAGAUGGGGAAGGUGACGAAGAGAACCAAAACUUCUUCAUAAAUCCUGGUGGAGCCCUGUUCAAAACCUUGGUGAUGUUGACUGGUGAAUUUGACGCGAGUGAUAUGAACUUCCAUUCGUUCCCCAUAACCAGCAAGGUGAUCUUCAUACUCUUCGUUUUGAUGAUCGCUUUGAUCCUCUUGAAUCUGCUCAACGGUUUGGCGGUCAGCGACACCCAAAGCAUCAAAAAUGACGCAGAGUGCGUGGGACUGAAGGCAAGAACUGAGCACAUCCACUACAUGGAAACCAUGGUCUUGGGCAACAUUCUUCCAACCACAGUGUUGAACUUCUUGAAUAAACUGUGUUGUUGCAUUCCAUUCCAAGAAAACCUGAAAAUUAUAAUAAGCCAACCGCUGUCCAAACACAUCAGUUUGUACCCUAAGACUGAGAUCAGAAUUCCAAUGUCCAAUGAUUUCGAAAUGAUGAAAGUGGACAAGAAGGGCAGCAAGAAAGAGAGCGCUUUGGCUGUUUUCAACUCCCUCAAGUUGGACAAAAAGAUCCAGAGGAAAAUCAGGAAGGUCAUGCAGAAUCAGAGGAUGACAAGUAAUGAGACGUUUGUGAAGAACAAAAUCAAGCAGAUAGAAAACGACCAAGCGAAAAUUCUAACGAUUCUUGAAGAUAUUAAGAGGAGAAUGAAACAAGAUGCGUGAUUUAUUUUGUUGAAAGCUAAGCCAGACAGUUUGAAUGGCGUUUUCAUAAUAUUUUUUCUUUUUAGAUAUUUUAAUUUUCGUUGAUCAUUGUGGAGAGUUAUGCAUUUUCUAUGACAGACGCUUAUUUUUCUAUUAUUUUCUUUUUUUUAAUAUAAUAUUUUAUCC